CUCUCGGCGGUACCUACUGUGUGCUGCGUUCGCUGCCCAGAGCAGAGCCAUGAGCUGGACCUGCCCGCGUUGCCAGCUACCCGUUUACUUUGCCCGGUUCCACCUUGUCCCCCACAGCUGAGAAGGUGAGCUCCCUGGGCAAGAACUGGCACCCCUUCUGCCUGAAAUGUGAGCGCUGCCACAGCAUCCUGUCCCCCGGGGGGCACGCAGAGGUGAGGCCCGGACAGGGCACAUAGCCUGUCACUUCCCCCAGCCCCCGACCACUGCUUUCAGCCCUGGAGGCCCGCCAAAGGCAACCACAGAGACCAACCCCAAAGCCACCCACCUGUGAGCUCCACUCCAGCAGUGGGGGUUAGAGUGGAGGACAGCAGUGUCGCUCGACCCACUAUGGCCCUUCCUCCCUCAACCACAUUGCACAAUGGGAGGCCGUAUUGCCACAAGCCAUGUUACGGGGCUCUCUUCGGACCCAGGGGGGUGAAUAUUGGUGGUGUGGGCUCCUAUCUCUACAAUCCCCCCACUCACACCCCUGCCAGCAGCACUUCCCUCAGCCCCAGCAGCUUCAGCCCCCCUAGACCCAGGACUGGCCUUCCCCAGGGAAAGAAAAGCCCUCCCCACAUGAAGACAUUCACUGGGGAGACUUCACUGUGCCCUGGCUGUGGGGAGCCCGUCUAUUUUGCUGAGAAGGUGAUGUCUUUGGGCAGAAAUUGGCACCGGCCCUGUCUGAGGUGCCAGCGCUGCCAGAAGACCCUGACUGCUGGGAGCCAUGCUGAGGUGUGCAGGGCAGGGAUGGGUGUGUAUGCUGGGAGGAGGGAGACUGGAGAUGGGAAGAGACAGGCUGAGAUGGGCUUUCUUUUUCUCUCCUUGUCCCAGCAUGACGGCCUCCCCUACUGCCACGUCCUGUGCUAUGGCUGCCUGUUUGUCCCCAAAGGUGGGCAGCCCUACCCUGACGCUGAACCUAGAGUAUGGCAUGUAUAUGGCCUGUGGGGAUGUGAACAACUUCCCCUGUGGUCAAACACACCCCAGCCCUCUUCCAAUUCCCCGCAGCCCUCAACUGAGCACCAUAAGGCCCUUGGUGAUGGGGUUCUCUCCCUCAGGUGUGAACAUUGGCGACGUGGGCUGCUACAUUUAUGACCCAGCAGAGAUGAAAUCCAAA